UUGCCGCCGCCCGCCGCGUAGUAGCGGGGCCGCGCCAGCGCCCGCCUGUUGUGUUUCUGUUGCCGCCCGCCAUCUUGUCGCCAGCGCUGCUGCCGUCGGGGCGAGCCGCGGGGCGGCGCGGCGCCUGCGGCCGGGCCCGCGCGACCGAGGAGGCGGCGGCGGCGGCGGCCGGGGCCCCGCCAUGAGCAUCGAGACGCUGCUGGAGGCCGCGCGGUUCCUGGAGUGGCAGGCGCAGCAGCAGCAGACCGCACGUGAGGAGAAUGAAAAGCACGAGAAGCUCCGCCUGGAGAGGGAGCAGGAGAAGAAGGCUGGCAAGGCCAGCGUGCCACGGGCGAACAGUGCUGCUUCCCUGGAGGAGCCCCGGAGUGAACUGCUGGUGCCCAUCUCCCCGCCAGCCCCGGCCCCUCCACCGCCCCCGCCCCUGGCAGCCCCCAUUUCUGUCAUUCCCAUCCCUGUUGUCACCAGCCCCCCCCAGCAAGCAGCACAGACCACCCUGUCCCCACCGCUUGUGCAACGCCACCAGCCCCUCGUAAGCACUCCCGGUGUCACUAAGGAAGCAUCUUCGGUUGCACCAGUCAUCCAGAGGCCGCCAGGCCCUCUUCUGUCGGACGGGAAAGCUGCUACACCCCCGUCAGGCAGCCCGAAGCAGCUCCAGCAUUACGCGGCACCGGUCCUGGCCAUCUCCCAGCACCAUGUGGUUCAGCAGCCCAUCCAGCCCCAGCCUCACCAGCCCCUGCAGCACCCGGGAGCACCCCCACAGCUCGGUGCUCUGAAGCUGGCUCCAGUGGAAGACACAAAACCAAAUGAGCAGAAGAAGAGACCUGGAGGGGUUGGGACCAGGGAAGUACAUAAUAAAUUGGAGAAGAACAGACGUGCACAUUUGAAAGAAUGCUUUGAGACAUUAAAACGCAACAUCCCCAAUGUAGAUGACAAGAAGACCUCAAACCUCAGCGUCCUAAGGAGUGCCUUGCGAUACAUCCAGACUUUAAAGAGGAAGGAAAAAGAAUAUGAACAUGAGAUGGAGAGGCUGGCAAGAGAGAAGAUUGCUACCCAGCAGCGACUGGCAGAAUUGAAGAACGAGUUGAGCCAGUGGAUGGACAUCUUGGAGAUUGACAGAAUUAUUCGACAGACAGUUCAGCCGGAGGAUGACCAGGCAUCUACCUCGACAGCAUCAGAGGGUGAAGAUAACAUGGAUGAAGACAUGGAAGAUGACAGGCCAGUGAACUCAUUACCAAAACUAACCCAGCGCCAGCACCCAGAGCUCCUGAAAGCCGUCCCUUCAAACGCUGCUUCCCACCACCCGGCAGUUCUGCCUCAGCACCUGUCCAUCCAGCAGAAACAAACCCCAGCCCACUCACAGCCUCCCAUCCAGACACAAGCACUGGUCCAGCCGCAGGCGAUCGUCCCUGCACAGACUCACAUCGUGGCGGCUUCGACAGUGCAAUCGACUGUUAUCGCCCACACCGCCACUACCCACGCUUCGGUCAUUCAGACUGUCAACCACGUGAUUCAGGGUCCACAGACCAAGCACAUUGCUCACAUUGCACCUUCCACAUCCAGCCCUGUGCAACUUACCACUGCUGCUCAGCCUAUUGGCCACAUCACUGUGCACCCAGCCACCAUCAACCACAUGGCCCACCUGGGCCAGCAGCUGCCCAUCUACCCUCAGCCCGUGGCCGUCAGCCAGCCCGUGGUGAGCCAUAUUGCUCACACGAUCUCGCACCAGCAAGUGAAUGGAACCACAAACCUUGGUCAGCAAGCGGUGAUGGCCAAGCCCGCUGUAGGAACCCAAGUUGUCCAUCACCCGCAGUUAGUUGGGCAAACGGUCCUAAAUCCAGUGACUAUGGUGACCAUGCCAUCAUUCCCAGUGAGCACACUGAAGCUGGCCUAGAGGGGAUCGUCCGACGGCGAGGUCUUUGUUGGGAACCUUUCCUAAACUCCAUACAUUCCAACCACGUCCAACUCCACGGGAGGGAAGUGCAGAACACGCUGAGUGGCAAGGUGCCGGGCUGGGCUGUCCUCAGCCGCCCAGUAACCAGCCUGCUGCUGGCAGCGAGAGACAGGGCCUCUCUGCACUUGAAUUUUGCUAAUCUGAGAAAACUUCAAAGACAGUUGUUCAUGGUGAUUUUUUUUCCUUUUAUGUGUAAUCAGUGAAAUAUGGAUAUGAUGUUCUUAAGACUUUUAAUUUUCCCCUUUUAUGUGUUGCUUCUUUGUAGAAUAAAAAUUGAUGAUCUCUUUAUUGAGACAUUGCGUAGAAUGGGAAAAAAAAUCAUAGAAGUCUAUAUUUAUAUAUAUGUGUGUAUGUGUGUGUAUAUAUAUGUAUAUACAUAUAUAUAUAAAUAUAACAUUUGAAGAAGGCCUUUUGUAAGGUUGAUUAUUUUGCAGGAUUAUUAGACAAAAUUCAUUCUUGGAGGAAGAAGACAGAGUGUCCUCUCUAAACAAGAAACUUUAAGGUAGAUGGUUUGGUGGACCAGGGUACAUCUACAGUAGACAACAAAAAAAAAAAAAAAAGAAAAAAGAAAAAAAAAAAAGAAAACCCACACGAAAACCAACAACCAAGUUAAACCAUGUUAAAGGUAAACCAUGUUAAAGGUAUUUCCCGUCAAUAUAUUACAUUUCAAAAAACCAUCUAGAAUCACUGUGACUUGUUACGGCAUUUUAAGGAAAUUCUCUGUCCUGUCUAAUAAAAGGAAAAAGAAUACACAA